UUCAAAUAUAUUUUACAUUUUUAUUUUGUCGUAAAAAUGAACGCUAGUGAAGAGAACCUGCUUAAAUCUAUCAGCAACGACACGUUGCUGGACCUCACUCAGCGCUACGGGCAGUCCAGCUUCGGCUUCGGCGCUGGCCAUGGUGCUGGAAGUCCAGGGCGAUAUCCACUCACUCCGGCGGCCGAUUUUCUCUCCGGUCAGACGGCGAAGUCGAACGAGAGCGGCGGGGAGCAGACAAGCGAGGACGACGACGGCUUCGACCAUCUGGACUCGAGGAAGAGAGGCUCGGGGUUUGACGACGACAAACACGGAGGCUCGCUGGCCAAGAAGCCCAAAGAACAGAGGUCCCUGCGGCUGAGCAUAAACGCAAGAGAGAGGAGACGAAUGCACGAUCUCAACGACGCGCUGGACGGCUUGAGGGCUGUGAUCCCAUACGCACACAGUCCUUCGGUGAGAAAACUAUCCAAAAUCGCCACUUUGCUCUUGGCGAAGAAUUACAUCCUCAUGCAAGCGCAGGCGUUGGAGGAGAUGCGGCGGCUCGUGGCGUAUCUAAAUCAGGGACAAAGCAUAACCUCGCCUAUUCCCACGGCGCUCGCACCUUUUGGACAGACGGCUGUGUAUCCUUUCUCCAGCACGGCUUUGGCUUCCUGCGCCGAAAAAUGUACCUCUUAUUCUGGGACCCCCUCGAGUCUUUUCAAACACUGCAAUGACAAGCCUUGAGCACCAAACAAACUUGUUCCUGAACUUCACCUGCAACAUCCUGUUAUUGGUCUAUGUCGCUCUCUGUCACGCUCCACUUGUUUUGAACCAUUUUGUUCGGAAGGAACUGUGGUGUAUUGCUUAAUAACCAUGUUUUAAAAACUGGUAUCCGUUUUUCUAGAAUAAUUAAUUAAUGAAACUAGUGUAAAGGCAAUAUUAACUUUGGAAUGAGCCUUCAAGUCACUGUUAAAACCUUUAAACGUUGCGUUUCUCUGUCCACUUUCUGGGAUCAAACUUUGAAUUGACUCGUGCUCAGCGCGGGCAUUUGUGUGAUUCUUACGGAACAAAUGGCCUCGCUAGUUUUCAAGUUCAUGCGGAGUUCAUCUCAGAUGUUUCAAAAGAAACUGUACAUGGCAGAGUAUUUUUCUCCAACAAAAGCAAAAAGUAAUUGGGAAAGAACUGUCUUACAAAUCCUUUGGGAAUCUAAGAGGUAGAGAACUAUGCAACAUUUUCUCUUGGCGCAGUAAUGAAACGUGUUCCACAUUCCUCCAGCAUUUGAGUUUGCCGCAUCACCGGCCAGCAAUGGACUAUAUUUCCACUGUCCAUUGUUUUAAGGGAAGUCCGUGUAAUAUCGUUUUGGGAAGAUGUAGGCUUAUUUAAGAUUAUUGUUUUGUUAUUGCACAAUUCACUUGAUUGUAAUGUACAAUUGUGACGAACUACUUGACCAAGCCUGA